GGAUGAUUGCGGGCACUAUUGUUUUCUGGUUAUUAGUUGCUGGUAGUGGUACGGAUUCUAUCUGUUUAGAUGAAGCAUUAAGCUUAAUCUGGAACGAGUUGGAAGAGAAAGUGACACGAAAGUUGAAGCGACUUGAUGAUGAGAAUGAAAUUGGGCGUGUUUUCUGGGGAAUUGGGGUUCCUUACCCCUUCUCCCACUCCUUUUUUAUCCCAUCGUUGCAUUACCUCUACACUCUCAUAUAUACACAAGCACCCUUCUCCUCUAAUAUUUGCUUCGUACCCUCGUAAGAAUAGCUUCGUUGCUUUUGCUUCUUCAGCUCCAUCAGUUAGCGGUUCUGGUGCUGAAUAUUCAGAGCAGUUGUUGGAUGUAGGAGCGAAAAAGAAAAAGAAGGAGAUAGCUGGCAUUGAUCAGGAUGAAUUAGUGGAUCCAAAGGUUUUAGCUGAUCUUGACAGUUGUUUUUGUGAGUUCAAAGGAGUGCAUAUACACCACAAGAUAUGUGAUGCUGAAUCCCAAGCGCAGAGCGUGGUGCAGAAUCAGAUUGGUUCUCAUCAAAUCAAGAAGCUAGGGUUUCCUAUGAUUCUGUUACAUGGUUUUGGAGCCUCAGUUUUCUCAUGGAAACAAGUUAUGAAGCCUUUGGCAGUGGUUAUUGGCUCAAAAGUUCUUGCUUUUGAUAGACCAGCCUUUGGAUUGACAUCAAGAGUAAAUUUAUCGAAGCCUCUUUCUUCAGAAGCAGGAGAUGCAAAACCUCUAAAUGCGUACUCAAUGACAUUUUCAGUCCUUGCUACCUUGCACUUCAUUGAUUUAUUAAAUGCUGAGAAGGCAAUUCUAGUGGGGCACUCAGCUGGUUCACUUGUUGCAGUUAAUACAUAUUUUGAAGCUCCUGAACGUGUUGCUGCUCUGAUCCUAGUUGCCCCAGCAAUAUUUGCCCCACUUACUACACCCAGAACUGUUAAAGAAAAUAAAUCAAGACAUGAUAACCAAAUUAAAGAUGACAACAGUUCUAUCAGAAAAAAUCCAAUUUUUGGGCUUUACAAGAUGUUGUCCAAGAUUACCAAGUACAUUGCAGAGGCAAUAACACAGAUGAUGAAGCAAAUGACAAAUAUGUUCAACUUCUUGUAUAGGAAAUUGUUAUCAGCUAUCCUGCGUUCUUCCCUUGCUAUAAUGCUGGUAAGAAUGGCAAUUGAUAAGUUUGGUACUGCUGCUGUUCGAAAUUCAUGGUAUGACCCAAAACAGGUAUCUGAGCACGUUCUUAGCGGAUAUACAAAGCCAUUGAGGACUAAGGAUUGGGAUAGGGCACUUGUAGAAUACACUGCAGCAAUGCUUCUGGAUGAGGAAUCUAAAACAAAGACAUCACUUUCUGAUAGACUUCAUAAAAUAUCAUGUCCUGUUCUGAUUAUAACUGGUGACACUGAUCGACUGGUCCCUUCAUGGAAUGCUGAGAGACUUUCACGAGUCAUACCAGCAGCAUCUUUUGAAGUAAUUAAGCAAUGUGGCCAUCUGCCCCAUGAAGAAAAAGUGGAGGAGUUUAUUUCAAUUGUUGAAAACUUCCUAAGGAGAUUAGUGGGUGAUUCGAACGAACAAUAUGCACAAUCUGCUGUAAUCUGAAAUUUUUACCACUACAGUUUCCUGUUUUAUUUCAUAGAAGAAGAUACAUAUUAUAUAGGCAGACCCUCUUUGCAGUUUUAUCGGAUGGAUAAAGAUUCAUUGAAGGUGAAUCGAUGCAUACUCAUUAAAUUCAUCAAGCAGGAUGAUCUCUGACUCUGUCUAGCAGUUGGAAAAAUGCUGUAAGCAAUAACCUAUAAUUCUAUGUUAUAUUAUAUUGCUGCUAGCCUGCCAUAGUACAAGAUGAAAUCCUCUUUAUAGGUUACCUGCUUCAAAGAUUUGUAAAUCCACUUAUACCAUUGGCCAUUUAGCCUGGCAGAGAUGUCUCUUGGAUGCAACAAAGACUUCAUUUAACAAGUGUUCUUAAAUAAUGUAUUUGAUUUUGGGAUGUGGAUAAACUGCAGGGAGUGCAGUACAUGAACCAGGCAUUCAAUUUAUUUAAUUGCAGUUUUUUAAAAUUAUUAUACAAUAAAAAUAUUAAUAGACUGGAUCUUGAACAGUUCAUGAUCCAUGAUUUUG